AUGGCCACAUUUCGUUGGGACUUCACCAGCAACGUCGAGCAUCGGAAGCCUCACCCACCCCAUCGACCGAAAGCAAUGGGGAGAAAACCUCAAGCGUGCGUGCCUUGCCAUGAGCGCAAGCGUUGGGAUGCUGAUAUGAACUUCAGAAAGCCAAAGAACACCCACGGUCAAGUUCCUACUCAACGCCAACAGUCAAAGGCGGCUGAAGGCGACCUACGAAGUCAUGCUUUCAAUUCGACCCCGUCGAUAAAUCAUGCCAAUGGCUCCAUCACGAAUCACGCGACUUUAGGGGCAGAUCAGAGUGACGGGCGACCGCCAACACUGGUACCCACAAGACCACCCGAGAUGUCGUUCACGACGCAAACAAAUCUUCCUCCCUUGCAGGAACCACUGCCUCACCGUUCGCCGUCGUCCGGGGUCAGUGCCCGAGAGGAACAAUCAGCAGAAUUGCCUAAUGAGCAGCAGAUGCGUGACGAUUCGCCUGAUCUAGCCCGAUUGAAUGGUUCAUCACAGGUUGAGGAAGGAGAAGCAGACUAUCAUGAGGGCAUCAGUUCCAUUUAUAUCCUUAGUGAGGCUCUCGGGUGCUCGACUUCGAAUAACUUGGCGGAAAGAAUCCUGCGAGAAAGCCCUGGGGGGGUAUCCGAAUUAGAUGACGUUGAUUCCGCCUAUUUGAGACACAAAGGAGUGUACAAUAUUCCUGUCUCAGCCGUGUGUGAUCAAUUAAUUCGGCUAUUUUUUGACCGAGUCUACGCGUAUGCUCCUGUGUUUGAUCGUGUCAGAUUUACCAGGGAUUAUCGACAGCAGAAACCUUCCUUGUUUCUCCUCCACGCUAUUCUUGCCAGUGCCAUUCCCCAUGCCUCCAUUGAAUUAUUGCAUGACGCUGGGUUUGACGAUCAUAUCACGGCUCAAAGGUGCUUCUUCACCCGGGCAAAGCUACUGCAUGACGUGGGAGGCGAGAAGAGUCAAGUCCGGAUUCUCCAAGGCUCACUAUUCCUCGCCAUGUCCCCUGUGUCCCGUGACAUGGAGAAGGAUCACCGCUACUGGAUUUCAAACGCUGCUCGCAUCGCGAUCCGGCUGGGCCUGCAUCGAAGCAGGACUGCAAGCAACUUUGAUCCGGACUCGCGGAAAAUCUACCGUCGUAUCUGGUGGGUUGUAUACAGUUGGGAUACGCUGUUGGCCCUGCAUGGACUGGAAGCCGUGCGCUCGUUUCAACACGGCGAAUUUGACACUCCGACUCUCACGAAGGAUGACUGGGGGGAGGAAAAUAUCUCACCAGACAUCGAAGACCUUCUUCGCCCUAUUCCAGAGUUACACAAGUCUUUUCUCAUCGAAAGCUGCAAACUUCAGUUCGGUGUUGGCCGAUUCUGGAAGGAUUUUAUUUCGUCAGAGUCUGGCUCUGCAGUUGAGCAAAUCAGAGACUUCAUGGCAUCCUGGCGUCGCUCGCUUCAAGAAGGCUUAAAAGUAUCCGAUGUGCAAGAUUGGAAUGAAAGUAACUUUUGGGCCCUGUACCUAAAUACUAGAUGUUACGUUUGCGAAUGCGUCAUUUAUCGAAUGCUUCGGAGCCACCUACGCCCAUCGAAGAAUGCCCUGUACCAGCUCGCAGAUAAGAACCUAACGAGCGCCAUGUUUGAGCUGGAUGUUAUGCUAGGUCGAAUAUCAGCCAAUCGAAUGGCUCAAUAUUGCCCAUGGUACACCUGCGCUUGUACUGCACUAGCACUGCAUAUAGAGAAAGCGGUAACGACUCCGGUCAGCACUCAUGAAAAAUACCUCAAUAUCUUCCGAAUCCACAGCGAGUUGGAAUUUCUGCGUGAGCUUUCCAAAAUGUCGUCACUGAACAAAUCGUCACUGCAAAUGUUUGAAAAGAUUAUUCGUACCACUGGUCUCUGCAUAUCGAUGUCUGAAGCCUCGACCCCAUCCGGCCAGGAAUUAGAGAGUGAGUUUGUUUUCAACCCUCCCUCGGAAACUCCAAGACGAUACGCGCUACAGACAACGCAGGGACUGUGUACGGGCGACUCGGAAUUUGCUCUCGGGUUGAAUAUUCCGGACUUCGAACUGCCUUUUGACUUCCAAUUCGGCCCUCUUGGCCUAAUGAUAUGGUCAACGACCUAG